UGGAGCAGAGACGGACUGAGUGCGCGUACGUCAGCUGGUCCUCACAGAAAAGAGCAAGAAAAACAAAAGAAAAUGAGUUUGACUGUUUCUGUUUGCGGCGUGUCUCUGCUGUUACUGCUUCAUUUCGUAGGAGCCAAACCCGUUUCUGACCUUCAGAGUUUCAAGCAACUUUUAGAAGAGGAGAUCAACGCCUCACCGUUACUCCCCGCAGACGAGACUGAGGUGGAGGGGAAAGACCUGCACACGGGCAAGUCGGUGUUCGGAGCUCCAGAGGAACAGUCAUGGGACUCCUCUGAUCCCAGUAACUCCGCACUGAUGGCUAAACAGAGCCUCCUUUCCCGCAUCUUCAAAGACCUCGUGAGGACCUCCAAGCGCUCGUGGAGCCGGUACAAGAAGGGUGGGAUGAGGAGCUGUUUCGGGGUCCGAUUAGAGAGGAUCGGGUCCUUCAGUGGGCUGGGAUGCUAAAGCAGGCGGGGACCUUCAGCGCAUCAGUGUGACCACGCAACCAAGAGCCGAGCUCCCCUCACACCACAAGCUUUUGACUGACACUUUAAAGGGCGGUUGAUUCAGACUCUGCUGUACAUGGUUCCUAUUUAAAACUGUGAUUUCCUUUUUCAAAUGUGAGCUGUUAAAUUAUUAUAAAUGUAUUUAUUAUUUAUUUUUUGCUGUUGUAUAAGAGUUGCCUUGUAAUAGAAUGUACUGUAGUAAAACAGUUAUUUUGCAUAAUUGCUGAGUUUUGCAUUCAAUUCUUUCCUGACACAACUUAAAGCAGCUCCAGACUUUCCCAGGAAAUAUUUUAAUGAGCUAUAUACACGUGAAAUAAAGGUGUUUGUGAUAUGGGGAGCCGGUACGUGAAGGAUUUGUUUGGUUUGUUUCAUUUGAUCAUGUGAUCACCUGAUAGGAAACAACAUCACUUCUGCUGAUUUUACUGCUUCCAUUAGGAGCAUAUAGACAUUUUAAAAUGUCUAUAUUUUUAAAAUAUAAUGAAUAUAUUUUUUAAAAUUUCCCUGAAUGUGCUCUGACUCUCAUCCCAUGAUAGCUGAGCUAGGAGCCAUCCCACCCUGAACUGGUUAGCAGGAGACAGAUGGAUGAAAAUAAAAAGCUGCUGGGUUAGGCUUCACAAGUAGUCCAUAGUCAAAGCUCUCAUAUUUCAAUAUUCGAGGUACAAGAUAUAAAUCACAGCUUUCAGAGAAACAUGUGGUUCCACGUGUGACUGUGACUUUGUUUCAAUGGACUGUGACGCUGUGAAUACGAAGCUUUUUACACACCACCAAAUGUCACAAUGUCUUCUUAAAAUUAAAAUAGCACUUCUACCAGCAGUAGAGCAGAAUGAAAAAACAAACAAACAAUUAAUGUUAAAAUUCUAAACAAAUCAUAAAAUGACUCAAACACAGCUGCACUGAAUUUCCACAACUUUGUUGUAGUUUUCUCCACACCUCUCAGAACCAAAAAGAAACCAAUAAAAAUUUCUCAAAUGAUGAGCCAAAAUACAAAAAUGAAGUAUUUUUUGAAAUAUAUUUUUUGGCUUUAUUAGACAGGAACAGUGAAGGCUGACAGGAAAGUGAAGGAUAGAGGGGAGGACAGGUCGGCCAAAACCCGGGCCAGCCACUCUCAGCUAUGUGGCAUAUGGUCACCUGCUCAUCCAAUGAGCUAAACUGGCGCCCAAAAAUGGCAAAUUUUUUUUAUUGUGUGACCAUAGUUAGCAUAUAUAUAGUAGCAUAAAAGCAAAACGUUUGACCUCCCAAAUCAUACAGUAAAGAUAGCAAGUAAGUAAAGGUCAGAAACUUGUUAAUUCAUGUGUGAUGUCAGUGAUUAUUUCACAGCUAAAUUUGCUCUGUCACUGCUCUAUUUCUGUACUGUUUGGAUGCAAGCAAAAUGUAAAAUAAAUUAUCCGGAGAUCAA